UUCUUCUGAUUCAUUUCAAGAGAAAAGAAGGGGAAUAAUUUGCAUUUUUUCUCAAGAGAAAGCCUCCACGAGAAAAUGAAGAACAGUAACAGCAAUACUAAGCUAAUUCUCCUUCACCCUUAUAUCCAAAAACAAGGGAGCUCAAACAGAUUAUGGCUCCUUGCUUUUGUUUCUUUCUUCACUAUUGCUUUCCUUUUAACUCUUAUAUAUACCAGAGAGUCAAUUACUGGUAAACCCGCCGCCGUGAGCACAACCGUAAUCGGCCUUGCGGUUGGCUCUUCUUCGGGCUCUGUCAUCGUUGGUCAGCCGUUGCCGACCACAGUGAUCAACACACUCCUCCAUUAUGCAUCGAAAAACAACGAAAGUUACCACAUGACAUACUCCGAGCUGAAGCCGAUCUCCGAUGUGCUGCGCAAAUGUUCUUCCCCUUGCAACUUCCUCGUUUUUGGCCUAACGCAAGAAACCCUUCUGUGGAAGUCAUUGAACCACAACGGACGCACCGUUUUCAUCGAUGAAAACCGGUACUACGCGGCCUAUUACGAAGAGUUACAUCCCGAAAUCGACGCCUUCGACGUCCAAUACACGACGAAGAUAAGCGAGACAAGGGAGCUAAUAGCGUCCGCUAGAGAACAGAUUAAGAACGAAUGCAGACCGGUCCAGAACCUGUUGUUCUCGGAGUGCAAGCUCGGGAUAAAUGACUUGCCGAACCACGUUUACGAAGUGGAUUGGGAUGUGAUAUUGAUAGACGGGCCGAGAGGAGACGGACCGGACGGUCCCGGAAGGAUGCAACCGAUCUUCACUUCCGGGGUGCUGGCGAGGAGCAAGAAAGGUGGCAACCCGAAGACUCAUAUCUUCGUCCAUGAUUAUUACAGAGAUGAGGAGAAGAUGCCGGGAGAGGAGUUCUUGUGCAAGGAGAACAUGGUGGAAUACAAUGAUACGCUUGCACAUUUCGUGGUCGAAAGAAGGGAGGAAAACAGUUUCGAAUACUGUCGUAAGAAGAACAAUAAUACGUUAGCGAAAGAUUCAUGAUGUUUCAUAGUUAAACUACUUAUCCGAGUUCAUAAAAACAUUACAUAUACCGUACAAGGGGUCGAAAAAAGGUGAAUAUUUAUCAUGAUUUGAUUUGAAAUUUGUGUUAGAUCUAUCGACCCCUUUUUUGUUGAGGGGGUGUGUUUAAACAAAUAACCUUUUUUGGCAAUGAAAAACAAUGUAACUUCAUUGCAUCAGAAAUGAAAUUUCUUAUCCUGUUUCUUU